CCGGCCGUGUCGACUCGCCCACGUCUUGACCAUCUUCGCGCGUCGCAACCACCACCAUGAAGCUCGUCCGGUAGAUACCUUGAUCCCCACGCGCGAAUCCCACUAAUGAUCUAGGUUCCUCAUGAAAUGCGCCAACGAGACGGUGACAAUCGAGUUGAAGAAUGGCACCAUCCUCCACGGCACCAUCACCUCCGUCUCCCCGCAGAUGAACACCUCUCUCCGCACGGUGAAAAUGACCCCCAAGGGCCGCGACCCCAUCUCCCUCGACACGAUCAACAUCCGCGGCUCCACGAUCCGCUAUUACAUCCUCCCGGACAGUCUGCCCCUGGACACGCUGCUGAUUGACGAUACACCUAAGCCGAAGAAUAAGGCGCGCAAGGAGGCCGAUCGCGGUGGACGGGGUGGACGGGGUGGACCUCGUGGGAGAGGGCGCGGGAGGGGACGUGGGAGGGGACGUGGGUUCUGAGCUGCAUCUUAGGGGAGAUUAGAUUUUCUCGGGCUUUUGAUAUUACGUUUGAGGGAUGGAGUUCUCUUGUUUGUUGCUUGUUCAUGGUUGGGUUGGCAUUGAUGGGUGGGAUUGAGGGAUGAGCGAGCAGUACGCCCUGAUGGGAUGGAUGGAUGGAUGGAUGGAUGGGGCUGCCUUAGCUCGUUAAACACGUCCGUCGCCAGCUACCAAGGGGAU